AUGACUGAUAUCGAAAACCAACAACCAACUGAUGGUCAAGCACCUCACAAGAUGCCAUCAUCAAACGAUUAUCUAUCAAACGAAUAUCCAUCUUCAGAUAACGAACCUUUUUAUAACGGCGAUCCUCAGUCACCACAAUAUCUGAACAAUGAAUACUACUUGCCACAGACUCCUCAAACCCAAUCUACAAAUAAACCAAUAGAGCCAACAUCAAUUCAUGAUCUUUAUGCGAGAUCCAAUUUUAAUGAAGAUAUUUCUGCAUGGAACACCAUCAUGAAUGAACCAUCAGAACAUUCCGAUUUUUGGAUUACACCAGAAGCACUUACAAACUUUUCUCAGAAUGCCACUCAAUUGAAAAAACACAACUCAUUUUUGUGGGCUAUUCCGUUCAUCUUGAAUUGUCUUGCUUUAAUAGGUCUCUUCUUCAAUUUCAUCAGAUAUCAUCUGGAUUAUAUGAAAUAUGGUAUCAAUGUUGCCGUUCCAACCAUCAUUUGUUAUUGGAUUUCGCUUGCCUUCGUUGUCAUGUUGGUUAUAGAACAAUGUUUUCCUACAAUCACAGUACGCUUUGGUAUCUUUAUUAACUUAAUUAUCCAUUUAAUUGGAUAUUUCCUCAAAUUCAAAGGUUUUUGGGAGUACAUCUUCGUAUGGCUAACAUUUUUAGUUUUGGGACUCUUCUUCUACUUGAUUACAAGCGGACGCGCAGAAUAUGAUAUCUUCAUGGCAAGACUCAUCAGGAGGAAAGUCUAUCAGACUGGAAAUUAUAUCUUUCUUAUCUUUAUUGUUCUAGUUAUUAUGUGUUGCGCAAUAUGUUUCCCAGUGUAUGAUUCUUGGACCUGGUUUAAUAGUGUUAACUGGAUUUACCAAGCAUACUUAACCAUUUCCUUCUACAACAUUGUCUGUGUCUUCGGAAACUGCACUUACAUGUCUUCUUCAUACAUGGCAGCGAAAUGGUACUUAACAGGCGAGAAAAUCGGCGCAAAAGACGUAUCAAAAGGUUUACGUACUGGAUUUAUCGAUAACAUAGGUGUUGCCUGCAAGAUGUCUUAUUUACUUCCGAUUUUGGAAUUUGUUAAUGCAAUUUCAAGGUAUUCGCCACAAUUAACAGUUUAUCAUAUCAAAGACAAAUAUCCAUUGUUCGCAAAACACUACUGCGCCGUUUGUGGACCAAUUGUCAGACUAUUCAAAAAAUUGGCCAAAUUUGAAAUGAAACUCUUAGGUUAUCCACAGAGGAGAGCAAUGACAUAUUGCGCAAUAUACGGAAUUCCAUAUGAAGAGGCCGUACACCGCUAUUAUGAAAUUCAAUCUACAAAAGGAGCUCCUUUGGUCGACGAUGCUUUCAUGUUUGACACACAACUUAUCUUCAAGCAAUUCUCAUUCGGAAUGGUCGCUUUCUACUUCGAAAGGUUUGCCAGAAGGGUUAAAUAUGGGGCUUUUCCCGGACUCAAUGACGCAUUAGCGUUAUUCUAUGUUUUCGCAGUCUAUUAUUCAUUCAGAUGUAUUACAAGAGGAUUCUUGGAAACAGUUUUCGUUUUAUUCGGCGAACUUCCAGAGAAGGCGAAUAAUAUUGAUCCAGAUUUAUUCGAUACAUUGAAAGAAAUGUUCGAAACAUCUCUUAAAGCAAGAAAUGAUGACACUGACAUCAAAUCUGAUGAAGUGUAG